ACAUGGGCGUCCAGAGAAUAAAUAAAGGCCUGGCGGAUAGAUUUGCCAGUGGUGCUGCUUUCAACUGAGGGUACUUGACUCUGACUUCACCUGUGUGCAUUUUUAGCUUUUUGAUAAUACCAAGUCUAUCUGUCUGUCUGCCAACAUGCUGGUCCGGGCGAUCCUGCAGACCUCACUGGUCCUGUGGCUGGUACAGAGCACCAUACAAGGAGGAGUUAGGCCACAGACCGGAGCUCUGGGAAGGUUGGCGAGUCGAGGUCCCGGUAUUGGUGUAAAGUCUGCAGGUCCAGUGGCUGGUAUCCUCGGAGCCCGUGGUUAUGGGGCAGGCAAGCCAGGAAAGACAGGACCUGGCCGUUAUCUUGGAGGGGCGGCAUACAGACCCACUGCGAUCAGAGGAGGCCUAAAACAAGGAUAUGGAACAUUCGGUUAUGGAGGAGCUGCAAACCUUGGAACCGGCCUUGGAACCGGCCUCGGAACCGGCCUCGGAACUGGCCUCGGGGCAGCCGGUCUGGGACUCGGCACGGGUUAUGGCCUAGGCAACGGGCUGGGAGCAGCCUUGGGUUAUCCAGCGGGGAAGCUCGGAGGGAGAGGUUACACCGGUAAUGGCUAUGGAGCACAGCUAGGUUAUGGCGCAGGAGGAUACCCCGCCGCUGCACGUGGAUAUGGUGUACCAGCUGGCACACCCACAGGGCAAGGCUCAAAACCAUCAAAACUGGGUGUUGGGCCUAGAAGUGGCCAGCCCGUGUCACAGGGAGAGAGGGGCAAUGGUUACAGUCGCGGAGGGGUCUCUAACGGACAGGGUGCUAUAGCCAAUGGUAAAACUCAUCCCAGAUGCUAUGGUCCAGCAGCAGAUAUGAUUAAUGGACGAGGAAUUAUAAACAAUGGACCAGUUUUGCCCAACGGACAGGGCACCAAACCAUCCAAUAUGGGAUAUGGCCUCGGUGCUGCUGGUUAUCUUGGAGCUGGUUUUACUGACGGUUAUGGAGCAGGUCUAGGGGCAGGUGGAUAUCCACAGGGAGUGCGAGCAGGAAAGCAGAUUGGCUACAGCAAUGGAUAUGGCAGUGAGGUUUAUGGUACAGCAGACGGUUAUGGAGCGGGACCUGCCUACCCAUCAGUGUUAGCUGAUAAUGUUGGCCUAAACGGUAUUGCUGGACUUGGAGCUGGAGGCCUUGGAGGUCCAGGGCUGGUGGUGAACCCCGGCUUGGGUGCUGAUGCCAAGUCUAGAAAAUAUGGGGUGGGUGGAGUUCUUGGAGCUGCCGGAUCCUUGCCUUACGGUGGCCAGCCUGUGGUCUCAGCUGGACUUGGCCCUCAAGGCAAGGCUGGUGGUUAUGGUGGAGCUACAUAUGGAGGAAUACCAACCCUUGGGCCAGACACUUCUUUGGGUGGUACAGGUGGAGCAAUGGAGCCUUUAGCAGGCGGAGCUUUAGGACAGAUUCCUUACAGUGCACCGGUCAUUGCAGCUGGGCUUGAUGUUGAUGCUGGUUAUCCUUUUGGUGCUGAGCAGCUCAGUCUGGGAGCUGAUGCUACAAAGACAGCUGCCAAAUACGGCACAGGCUACGCAGCUGCACUAAGUACUGGUGGUCAGGGGCCCUAUGGUGGACAGAAGGAUGGAAGCAAGCUUAGUGGCAUUUAUGGGAACGGGUACAAAGGCUGAUUUCCAAUGCAUCAUCAGUGUUUUUUGGCCCCUUUAUGCCUAGUGUUCCUCAGCGUUGUGCAGUUUUGUGACAUGUUUUUGUCUGCCAUAUUGUUUUAGUGUUAGUUUUGUGCCCACUUGUGUGGGCAUGUUUGUUUUGUGUGUCGGUGUGGUUUUAAUGUUCAUUCUUCUGUUCUUUAACGUUUGUGAAUGUUCCCCCAGUUUUGUCCAGUGGAGUGUUUCAUGUCCCUUGUGUGUCUCUGUAUCUAACUAAACAUGCUAAGCACAUGAUUGGCUGUUAUUUUAAUUCUUAUGAAACACUAAAUAUUCCACCUCCUAAUCUGACUCCUUAGUGUUUGUUUGACAACUAUAUGAUCAAUGAAGGGGGGGGGUGACUGCCUAGUCUUGCUCAGUCUUGAUGGCAAUUAAGGUGUUUAAUCAUGCACUAUUAGCAUCAAAACGGGCUAAAAGAUGGGUUUGAAUUUUGUUGUGAGUUCAUGUUUUUAAAACGAAACAUUACAUAAUGGUUUAAAGCGAAUGCUAACAAAAUGACAUAAGUCAUAAUCGGCUGUCAUGUGAGUAUACGUACUGCUCUCAAUUCUCAUCAGUUUACAGGAAAACCACAUAAAGAGCAUCCUGUAUCAUGCUCAUGCGACAACAUUUAGGAGGAAACAAGUCAGAGCCAUCGUUGAAGGGACAGUUAACCCCCCCAAAAAAAAAAAUUCUGUUAUGAUUUGCUCAUUUACUCAUGUGUCAAAGACUUUCUUUCUCAUAAUGUCUUAAGUUCUGUACAAUAAAAGUCAGUGUUGUUUUGGACACCAUUUA